AUUGCUAUUUGCAAUUUACUUUUUAGUUUUUGUCGUUUGUGUGUAAUUCUUAAUAAUGGAAUAACUUGUAAUUCUACUGCCAUAAAAUUAUAAUUACUAGGUGUAUCCAAAAGUCUCCGGCGUUAUCGUUAUGGAAGUCUCGGCUGCUAUUAAAAGUCGUACAAAUAGGUCAAGGGAAUGGGAACGACAAAGACGUUUAAAAUUUAACGAUGCCAUUUCAAAAUUGGGUGAGAUAGUCAAAGCUAUAAACAAAGCCAACAGUAACAUAGCAGACGACACCGAUGACAACAUACAAUAUGCUAAAAUAGAAAUUGUGCAGAAAGCAAUUACUUGUUUAAAUAAUUGUGCUCAAGAAAAAACACAAUUAAAAGCUGAAAUAUUGGCUUUGGAAGUCAAACUACAAGCAAUAGAGAAGCAAAAAUUAGACAAGAGAGAUGUGUCACUACAAGUAGCUAUAGGAGUUACCAAACGGGGUUCACGUAGUAAAUACAUGAAAGUGGUAAUGUUACAAAAAGACAAACAGAAUAAUCCAAAGGAAAAAAUAAUAAAACCCACACCAAAAGCAAAAAUAGAGAAAAUAAUUCAACCAACACCUAAGUUACCUAAAUUAUUGCCUUUAUCUAACAUUAAAAAAGAAAAUACUUUUGUUAUGCUGCCAGCUGCUCCAUACAUAUUUCCUCAAAGAUCAGUAUUAUUUCCAACAGUACAACCAACUAUUGUCUUAGUAGAUGCCAAUGUUCAGCCGAUGAGUAAACCAGGAACUAUACCAAUUAUAAAUAGAACUGCAAAUGACAUAACUAGAACUACUAUGGUUAAUGUUUUACCCAUAUCGGCUUACUCCCGCCCUUUAUCAGCUUCUAAGACUAAAAAGAGUAAUGUUAAAACUAAAACAGGUAUUGCCAAGAAGCCCACAAAGAAAAAAACAAAUGAUGAAGCAUCUGAAGAUACAGAUAAGACUGAAUCUUCGUCAACAACUGCAACCAGCAAAGAAAAUGAAAAAGUGGAGACAGAAAAAAUAAAUACGACCAAAAGUAAUGGAGCAUCAGAAAAUAUUGAAAGUGAUAAUAUGAAAGAAAAGGAGAAAACAUUACAAAAUACUAACUUAGAAGAAGAAAGAACUUGCAAUGAUACAAAUAGUAAUAAAAUGUGUAAGAAAAGUAAUGAUUCAGCAGUAAAAGCCAGUACAGACGAUUCUAAAGAAAUUAAAAGAGAUACAUUGAGCGCUAAGAUUGAUCCUCCAAAAGAAACUGAAAAAGAACUAGCAUCUCAAACUCAACCGGUUCCCAAAGUUUCUGAGAAACCUUCAGAUCCUGCAACCAAUGCAAUCAAUGAUAAAUGUAACAAAAUCGAAAGCGAGAAGAUAUGCGACAUCAGAAGCAAAGAAAAGAUACAGAGUAUUCUAGAUCCAACAAUUUGCGAAAGUGUAGUUGAAACUGGUAAUGCUAGAUUAGAAUUAGCCGAAGAAUUUUUAGCUGCUUCCCCUACUGCAGCAUUUCUUAUGUCGUUCCCAUUAGUGAGUGGAAACAGAGCAGAUAGCCCAGCUGAAGAACCACAAUCGAAUGCAGUUCCCAACAUAAGUAAAGAAAGUAAUCAACAAAGCGAAAACUCAAAUAGAACACUACAAUUCUUCGACAAAAAUCAAGCCUCCGAGUCAAAAGAAAAAGCAAGUGCUAAAACUCAAAUGAGCAACAAUAAUGUUAAUAAAAAUCUGGAGCAACAGAAAUAUACAGAAAUAAAGCAACAAACUCCUUCAAAGUCAUCUGUGACGUCAACUGCGAAUGUAUGUAACGAAAAUCCUUUCUUGAAUUUGCCUAUUCCGACAGUAGCUUCCUCAAAUAGCACAUUACCAGACACAUCAACUUUUAACUUAGAUUUUGAUUGCAACUUAAGCAAACCAAUUCCUGCGACUACAAGUGUUUCAGCUAGUAACAGCAACAUAUUUUACAAAAGCGACACAUUUACCAAUGUAAAAAAUACAAUAUACAGUACUAGUAACAUUACGUCUGGUCAUGAAUUUAAUAGUCUGGGACUUUACCCGUGCGCGGUCGAAAGUUACACGAACAAAAAUAAAACAGAUUGUCACAACUCAGAAGAUAAUAUUAUGAAGAUGAAUUCGUCCAGAUUAACUUACGAUAUAGAUUUAGGCUGGUCACAUAAAGGAUUCGAUUUCGUCAAUAAUUGUACCACUGCAAGCAAUACAUUGCAUAAAGACAACAUAUUGACAAGUGUCUCCACACCAUACUCUACUUCUUAUAAUCCCUUCAAUCCUGACUUUCAUGUUCCCUUAGUUCCUAAUUCUAACAAAAAGAGUAUAUCGUCGAGUAAAUUUACAACGUUUCCUGAAACUAUUACAAGUUUUUACUCACAAAAUUCUACUCUGUGGCCGGAGGAUAUUCCCAAUAUAUAUUCGCACAGUAACGUUACAAAGAAUUUUACUAUGAAGCAGCAAAACUAUGUUCCCGUAGAGAACAUGCAGCCCGUAGUUAACCAAAAAACACAUGUGACAAAGCAGUAUGACAACAAACAAAUUACCGAUCAAGCAAAUUCAGAAAAUGUUUUGAAAACACCCACUCUACUGGGACAGCAGAUCCCCGAAAAGUUUACCAAGAAGUCGCCAAGUAAAAUGCAUAUAAAUUGGAUGACCUCCGAAGUCAGGACAAUGCAGAACGACUGCAAUCAAUCGCAAGCCGAAAUAAAGGACACAUUUAAACUGCCUUACACUCAACAAAAUCAACCCAAGAAGCAGGUGCCAACGGACACUAAUUAUUUCCCAAUAAACAUGCAUCAUUUUCCGACGCAGUCGAAUCCAGACGAGUCGCACGUUUGGCCGACUCCCAGGCCGGCAGGGACAGCCGAAGUGACUAUCGAGCCGCCUCCUAUAAAUUUACCUACACUGGUCGGUGACUUAGCGCUGGGACCUCACGACCGAAAGAAGAAUGACCUUUUGAACAAGGGAGGCCCGCACGCAGACUUACAAAUCUGCAACAACUUCUUUUCGGUCACGCAGCUAAUGAAUCGAUCGUCCGACAUCAUCGCUCGCCCCAACGGAGCCCCGAUCGAGCCGCCCAAGCCGCCGAAUCUACCGAAACAAAAUCAAACGCACGCAAUAAACGACAACAAUCGAAAACCUAUGCCGACACGUUUGGAAAAUCAGGCGCAGGUUCCGUAUAUUUUCAACGAAAAUAAAUCUAGCAACACCUUUGAUAGCAUGCCCCAAUUUACUCAAUCGAAAAGCAAAACUAGCAAAACGGAUAAAAAUUCAAAGAACCAGAAAAAUAACUACUCGGCUGAGGCUCUGAUAAGGGGCGGGACGUGCAGUCAGAAGCACCAGGAUACCAAAUACUCGGUGGGCGCACAGAAAUAUAACGACUACAAUACAUCACACGAUCCGGGCGUCGCGCAGGUGUCGCACUUUCCCCCUAUCAUCGAUUAUGCCGAUAAUAAUUUCGCCAGUCAACAGUUUUCGGGCACCACCUUGUACAAUACGACUACGAAUUCGAUAUCGAAUUCGUUCUAUACCAAUUUCAUGCCGAGCGGCGGCAACCUCAUGACGAGCAACUACGCCGGCGGACACUUCACCAGCGAAUUCGUCGACUACUCGAACCAGGCAGCCGAGUGCAACUACACGAAUCACAAGUACGACGCCAAGCUGCGGAAUAACGCUCCGACCUACCACCAGGAGAAGGAGCUCCCGACGUACAAGAGUUCCCGACGCGAAUCGGCAGCGAAACACAAGUUGGAGUGCUCCAAAAAGGAGGGCAACGCGAAGAAGUAUCAAAGCAAGCGUGCGAAAAUAAAUACCGACGUGGAGGAUUGGAACGACCCGUCGCAUGCGCUCUGGCAGAAAAAUAAUAGCGCUAAGAGGCAUCCGAAUGUGAUGGCCGAAGAGUCGGCGUUCCCCAACUACGUGGGCAAUCAGAUGUCGGCUCAGUAUCAACCGGACUACUUCAACAGCCACCUCGUGUCUUCGAACGCGCAGAACAUGGGUCCGAACGGAGAGCGAGCUCUUUCGAGCUUCCCUGUGUCGUCGUCGAGAGCCAACUUUAACCUGAGCGCACUGUUUCCUGAAAUAACUACGAAGGUGCAAUGACAUUGACGUUAAUUAUUAUUUAAGGUUACGUAUUAAGUAAUGUUGAAACAAAAGUGUAAAUAAUAUGAAGUGGAAGAACAGUAUGUUAAAUUUAUUUAUUUUACGCAAAGCAAAUUAUAUUGUUACUUUUUAA